AGAUGGAAACAGUCUAUCUGGGAAGAUCCCAGGUUUUAUUGGAAGCUGGACCAAACUGGAAAAAUUGAAUCUGCAAGGCACGUCUAUGGAAGGUCCAAUUCCUCCUGCCGUAUCUGUCUUGAAAAAUUUGACGGAAUUGAGAAUAUCUGAUUUGAAGGGGAACAAAACCAUGUCAUUUCCUGAUCUCAAAGGUUUGAAAUUCAUGACAAGACUGGAAUUGCGAAGUUGUUUAAUUGCUGGUCCUAUUCCAGAUUACAUUGGUGAAAUGCGGAAUUUAAAAGAACUAGAUUUGAGCUUCAAUAGCUUGACUGGUCCAAUUCCAGAUUCAUUUCAGAAAUUGGAAUUCAUCAAUCUCAUGUUUCUGACAAAUAACUUUCUGAGCGGAACAACUCCAGCAUGGAUACUGAGCAGCAAUCAGCAUAUUGAUUUAUCUUUCAACAACUUUACCAAGUCUUCUGCAUCUAAUUGCCAGCUCUUGGACGUGAACUUAGCCUCGAGUGUCUCUCCUUCAGCAAACACUUCAUUGUCUUGUUUGAAGAGGAACCAACCUUGUUCAGGAAAACCACGGUACCAUUCACUGUUCAUAAAUUGUGGAGGACCUGCAAUUUAUGAAUACGAAGCCGAUGAGAAUUUACGCGGAAUUUCAAACUUUUUUAUAAGCAAUGAUGGAAGAUGGGCUUAUAGCAGCACAGGAGUAUAUACAGGAACUUCUGAAGCAAAUUCUGUGGCUAAAAAUAUCUUCUCUUUGAACAUUAAUGGCUCUGAAUACUACCAGACAGCCCGCGUCGCAGCGAUGUCUCUUUACUACUUUGGAUUUUGUAUGUUGAAGGGAAACUAUAAUGUGAAGCUUCAUUUUGCUGAGAUCAUGUUUUCGGAUGACCAGACAUUUAGCAGCCAUGGAAAGCGCAUAUUCGAUGUUUCGAUUCAAGGUUUUAAGUAUUUGAAAGACUUCAACAUCACGAAAGAAGCUGGUGGAGUUGGCAAGGGAAUUACUCGAGACUUCAAUGUUGAUGUUAAUGAUAACACCUUGCAAAUCCACUUAUAUUGGGCCGGAAAAGGAACAAAUGCAAUUCCUAAGAGAGGUGUAUAUGGACCUCUUAUAUCUGCUAUCACUGUGACCCCAAACUUUGAAAUUCCUUCAAAUGGGUUGCCUGCUGGAGCCAUUGUUGGAAUUGUGGUAGGAUCAUUGGCGCUUGUUACGCUGAUGAUACUUUUUGUUUGUUGGAAGAUGGGUUACAUUUGUGGAAAAGAUAUAAGAGACAGAGAGCUAAGGGAAUUGAAAACUGGCUAUUUCAGUUUGAGACAACUGAAACUUGCAACCAAUAACUUUGAUCAACAAAAUAAGAUUGGUGAAGGAGGAUUCGGACCCGUUUACAAGGGUAUAAUGCCAGAUGGUGAUGUGAUUGCUGUUAAACAGCUCUCAUCUAAAUCAAAGCAAGGGAAUCGCGAAUUCGUAAAUGAAAUAGGCAUUAUAUCUGCAUUGCAGCAUCCCAACCUUGUGAAACUUUAUGGGUGUUGCAUUGAAGGAAGCCAGUUACUGCUCAUUUAUGAAUACAUGGAAAACAAUAGUCUUGCUCGGGCCCUUUUUGGUAAACCAGAGCAAAGGAUGAAGUUGGAUUGGCACACGAGAAUGAAAAUCUGCGUGGGGAUUGCAAAAGGCUUAUCCUAUCUUCACGACGAGUCAAGGCUGAAGAUAAUCCACAGAGAUAUUAAGUCGGCUAAUGUCUUGCUUGAUAAGAAUCUGAAUGCUAAGAUUUCGGAUUUUGGUUUAGCCAAGCUGGACGAAGGAAAUACUCAUAUCAGCACCCGAGUUGCGGGGACAAUGUAA